AUGGACAGCUCCAAAGAUAGUGCUACAGGGCCAGUCUUCAAUGAGAAGACAGAGAAGAUCCAGACCAUCCCGGAGUCAUCACUACCAGGCCAGCUUAGCGUCGAUACCCAAUCUGCUGUUCGCAAUAAAACCUCCGAUUCAACACUUUCACGUACAGACGGCCAGAUACACGAAGAAAUCGCGUACUCCCAACAAUCCGCACUCCGAUCCCUACCUGCCUGGAUUCGUUCGGUCGAUGAGCCCGAAGAGGACGGAGAUGAAGCUAAGGCAACCGAUCGCUUACUACCAUCCCAACCAAAUGGCGCAUUUGUCGCUCAGCACAAUCACUCGCCCUACGCAUCGUCCAAGACCCAACCUACUCACGCGACAACUAAUGGCCUGUUCGAGGAUGACUCGCCAUUUGUCAACCGUGAAUCGCGAUGGAUGUCAUUCUCACGAACCAUCCAAUACCCCCGAGAGCCCGGUAGAGAGCAACAACAAGUGACACCAGAAUGGUUGAAUGAGAAUCACGGUGAUUACUUACAACCAUGGCGAGGAAAGCAUUUGGAGGGCGAUAGUCCGGAGUAUCCACUACACAGUGGGGACCGAAGGGAUAUCUGGGUCAAGCGUUUCAAGAAGACGCUUCUGCGAAGCCCGAUGAUACCGAUGAUCCUUAGAACGACUGUUUGGUGCUUCUCACUCUCUGCACUUGCUCUGGGUGGGUCGAUCCAGCACAUGGCCAAUCAAGGGCAUCGUUCUCAAGGCCCAUCUGCAUUGAUGGCAAUCAUAGUUGAUGCAGUCGCCUUGGUUUACCUCUUAUACAUCACAUUCGAUGAAUACACGUCUAAGCCUUUGGGUUUGCGCUCUGCCUCGGCUAAAGCGCGUCUCCUCCUUUUGGAUAUCUUCUUUAUCGUCUUCGAUUCCGCCAAUCUGAGUUUGGCCUUCUUUUCGCUCACCGAGGUGACUGGAUCCUGCACCGAAGCGGAGGUCAACCAACAGAUCAAUCCUCAGAAUGAUGCUAUAUGCGUACGACAAAAAGCACUUGCUUCCGUGUUGCUGGUUGCGCUUUUGGCUUGGCUCAUGACAUUUUCGAUUAGUGUUCUCAGGCUUGUCGAAAGAGUUACACAGUGA